UCUUCACGGCGUCUCCUCUCCCUUUCAGCACCUCAGUGUCGCCGCCGCCGUCUUUCUUCCGCUCGUGCAGCCGCAGCCUCCCUCCUUGCGGCUUUGCUCUGAUUUUCUACUCUGUUGUUGUAACUGGGUCGUGGAAGACUUUUUGGUAGAGUUAGCUGUUCUAUUCAGUUCAUUCACAAUAGAUCAUCCCUCUUUUAAAUCUCACUUGAAACUCUGUACAGGUUUAGUUAUUUAGCAAUAUGAAACAAUGUUGCCUCAGAAACCAUUUGUUUGGAGAUUCAGUUUUCUUUCCUGUACCUCUAUGUUCCCCAUGCUUCCUGUUUUCAGUAGACAACGGAUAGAGUCUUUUGCCACUUCGGAGUUGAACUCAUUGGGCCCAUCACAAGUUUGUCCACCAUAUUCUUUGACUUUCCUUUUAGAAUCUGCAGACUAUGUUAAGCUGGUUCAAUCAGCUACUAAAACUGGGAACUUGAACCAUGGCAAGCUUGUUCAUGCCCACAUGAUCAAAACUUUUUUCAAGCCUUGCCUAUUUUUGCAGAACAAUCUUCUUAACAUGUAUUGCAAAUGUGGGGAUAUACAUUCUGCUGACAAAUUGUUUAAUAAAAUGCCAAAACCAAACAUCAUAACUUUCAACUCUUUGAUUUCUGGAUAUAUCCAGAUAGGAACCCUUGACAAGGCCAUGCUUUUGUUUAAUAAAGCAAGAAGACUUGGUUUGAAACUUGAUAAGUACACUUGUGCAGGCCCUCUUACAGCAUGUAGUCAAAGUGGGGAUCUUUAUGCGGGUAAGAUGGUUCAUGGGUUAAUUUUAGUUAGUGGGUUAGGCUCCCAAGUUGUUCUGACCAAUUCCCUUAUUGACAUGUAUUCAAAAUGCAACCAGGUUGAUCAUGCAAGGAUGUUGUUUGACCAUGCUAAUAAUUUAGAUGGUGUUUCUUGGAAUUCGUUGAUUGCUGGUUAUGCACAAAAUGGAAAAUAUGAAGAGCUAUUGACAAUUCUGAUGAAAAUGCAUCAGUCUGGAUUGACUUUGAAUACUUAUACUCUAGGAAGUGCCCUGAAGGCUUGUAGCUCAAACUUCAAUGGUUCAAAAAUAUUUGGGACAAUGCUUCAUGGCCUCACAAUCAAACUUGGCCUACAUCUGGACGUUGUUGUUGGGACUGCAUUGCUUGAUAUGUAUGCAAAAACUGGAAGUUUGGAUGAUGCUAUUCAAAUCUUUGACCAAAUGGUGGACAAAAAUGUUGUGAUGUAUAAUGCAAUGAUGGCUGGUUUGCUCCAACAAGAGAAAAUUGAAGAUAAAUGUGCGUACAAAGCCCUCAAUCUUUUCUUUGAGAUGAAAAGCUGUGGAAUAAAACCGUCCAUGUUUACAUACUCAAGCUUACUUAAAGCUUGUAUUGCUGUUGAGGAUUUUGAAUUUGCAAAGCAAACUCAUGCUUUAAUAUGCAAGAAUGGCCUUCAGUCGGAUGAGUACAUUGGAAGUGUUCUUAUUGAUUUGUAUUUUUUGUUAGGCUCAAUAAAGGAUGCUUUUUCAUGUUUUAAUUCUAUUCAUAAUUUGACUAUAGUCCCGAUUACUGCCAUGAUUGUUGGUUACCUUCAAAAGGGAGAAUUUGAACGUGCAUUGGCUUUGUUCUAUGAACUUUUGUCAUCCAAAGAGAAACCUGAUGAGUUCAUUUUGUCCACGAUCUUGAGUGCUUGUGCAAAUAUGGGCAUGUUAAGAUCUGGAGAACAAAUCCAGGGUUAUGCAAAUAAAAUUGGCAUCUCGAGAUACACCAUCUUUCAGAAUUCACAGAUUUGGAUGUAUGCUAAGUCUGGAGAUCUAUAUUCAGCCAAUCUAACCUUUCAACAAAUGGAAAAUCCUGAUGUUGUGUCUUGGUCAACAAUAAUUUGCAGCAAUGCACAGCAUGGGCAUGCAAUCGAGGCUUUGAGAUUCUUUGACCUGAUGAAGAGUUGUGGAAUUGAACCUAAUCACUUUGCCUUCCUUGGAGUUCUAAUCGCAUGUAGUCACAGAGGGCUUGUUGAAGAAGGAAUAAGGUACUUUGAUACUAUGAAGAAAGAUCACAUUAUGACGAGUCAUGUCAAGCAUUGUGCCUGUGUUGUUGACCUUCUUGGUCGAGCUGGAAGGUUGGUCGAUGCAGAGAGUUUAAUUUUGGACUUAGGUUUCGAGCACGAACCAGUGAUGUGGCGAGCUUUACUAAGUGCUUGCAGGAUUCACAAGGAUACAUCCACUGCAAAACGUGUUGCAGAGAAAGUAAUUGAGCUUGAACCUUUGGCAUCUGCAUCUUAUGUGCUUCUCUAUAACAUUUAUAUGGAUGCUGGAAACAAGCAAGAUGCCUUAAAAGUCAGGAAGUUAAUGGAAGAUCGGAGAAUUAAGAAAGAACCUGGUCUAAGCUGGAUAGAAGUAGGAGAUCAAGUGUACUCAUUUGUUUCAGGUGAUCGCUCUCACAAAAAUAGUGAACUGAUUUAUGCUAAGUUGGACGAAAUGUUAGCAAAAACAAAGAAUUUACAUCUGAUGAAGGAUGAGUUUGAUUACAAAAUUGAGCUUGAAUCCAUGACCAAUGUGUUGGUGAACUAUCACAGUGAAAAGUUGGCUGUGGCUUUUGGGAUUAUCCAUUUGCCAGACUCAGCUCCAGUGAGAGUGAUGAAGAACCUGAGGAUUUGUUUAGAUUGCCACAUGGCAAUGAAGCUCUUCUCGGUAAUCGAGAAAAGAGAGAUAAUUCUUAGAGAUUCGGUUCGUUUCCAUCAUUUCAAAGAUGGGCGUUGCUCUUGUGGGGACUAUUGGUAGUUGAUAUGGCGGAUGGUAAAAGGAUCUGCAAGUAUGAAGCUCUAGGAAACUUUUUCGUGCUAAGUCUUUUAUGUUCAUAGAUAGCCCUCAAUGAGGUAGCCAAGGGAUUUUCGAUUAUCAGGUCUCAGAAAGUAAGUUAUUCGAGUCACCAUUGGUGGGCAAAGCUGAUAUUUUCAUAGUUGUGCAGACUGCAGAGAAGAAGUUAGUUCCUAGACUUUGUUGCCUAUCCGAACCGAGGCGUGUUGUUGUGCAGUAACAGCAGUGUUGUUGGGGUAAGUAUAAACGCUUUAGAGCUCAAAGUUGGCUUACUCCAUGCAUUAUAAACUUUAUUACGAUGUUGAGAAAGGUUAUCGUCCUAAGAUCGACGCCAAGAAUGGUUGCUAAAGUGGAAGGAUGAACUUGAACUCGAACUCCAAUAGAAGAUUGUUCCGGUUGGGCUCUUUAGAUGUCAUAUUUUUGUUGAGUUUAUUGCAUCUUUGGAUUUAUUAUCCCCACUUCGUUGACCUGUUUUAGAAUUAUAUAUUAUGAUUCUUAAUUAUUGGUACAA